AUGUUCACAGGUCCAUUUCUACUGUUGAUCCUAAAUGGAUCGUGGAGGCCAAACAAAUGGAACUCUAAAGUUUUAAUUCGACUCUACGAUUUUUACACAAUAAUUGCCUAUACUAUAUUUUACACAUUUGUGGCAACUUUGGUAAUUGGCGUUAUAGUUGCGGAAAAUAGUCAACUAGCUAUAGAAUUAAUGAUUCAACUACUCAACGAAAUCAACGUUUCGUGGAAGAAUUUCACAUUUAAAUUAAAGCGAAAGAAAGUAAUACGCUUCAUGAAUUUAUUUUUCGAUGGCCUAACUUUACCUCAAACCCCUCAGGAAGAAAAUAUACAGCAGAAAUUUGACAGUGAAUCCAGAAACAAUACGUGGAAGUUAGGUGUAAUUUACUCGAUAUCGGUGAUAACUUACGUAUACAUGCCAUUUUUCAUAUCGGAUAUCGAAAACAGAGUACUUGUUACCGAUAGCUGGUUACCAUAUUCACUUGAUAACGUUAAUUAUUACUAUGGGACGUAUCUCCAUCAAGCCGUUGCGGUGACAAUAGCCGCACUUGGUAAUGGUGCAACGGAAGUUUUAGUCAGCGGAUUCAUGAUACAAAUUUGUGCACAAUUUGAGAUACUUGAAGAGCGAUUCAGACAAUUACCGCAAACUCUGAAUAAAAUGAAAGAAAACCACGAGUCGGAGAGUAUAAUUUUGUCAGCUGAGAAAAUAUUGAUGAUAAGAUUAAUUAAGCACCACUUACGCAUUUUCGAGAUGGCAAAAACAUUGAACGACAUUUACGUUUUUGUUAUUUUCUUUCAAUUCGUUUCGAGCAUAUUCGUUUUGUGCGUAUGCACAUACACCCUCGCCGUUUUGAAAACAGUCAACAGCGCCUUUAUAACAGUACUGCUAUUUUUAUCGUGUAUGUUACUGCAGAUUUUCUUGUACACCUGGUACGGCAAUGAGAUCACUUUGCGGAGCGUCGACUUAGGAAGCAACAUACUUCUUUGCGACUGGAGGUCAUUGAGCUGCAGAGGAAUAAAAGACUUGAUGUUUAUAUAUGAAAGAACGAAGAAACCGAUUCUAUUGAGCAGUGGAUACGUCAUUACACUAUCGAACGUCGCAUUCACAAGUAUUGUUAAAACGUCUUACUCAGUCUUCAAUGUUCUUUCUGCGUAGAUUACAAUGGCGAAGGACAAGACAUUCUACUAAGACCAGUUAAAUAAGCUUUAUAAUAAAAAUAAUAAUUUCGAUGUUUGAUAUUAAACUCU